UCUGUCGAGCUCUGCAGCGUUAGAGGAGCAUGAGACUACAGUGGCCUCCGCCGGUUGUGGGUGUCUGGCAGAGCCAACAAAAGGCUGCGUGCUUUCAUAGGCUCCGCCAACAGCUGUCCAAGUGAGACUGCACAGCAGAGCGCAGGCUGGAGGGGGGAAUGGGUUCGAGUCCGACUGCGAGUUCAGCAGCUGAAGCCUACAGCCGACGUUACUUCACUGUAGGUGACCAGGGAAGAGUGACUCAAGCCUUGGGUACAGCUUUUAGCCUGCCUUUGUUGGGAGAGAGGAAAAGACGGCGGCAGGCUGUAUGUCUGUAGAAGAGCUACCGGGCUCUUUUGGAGUCAUGUUACCAGCGUUCUCUCUGCCCAUGAAAGCGGAGCGCAGUCGAAAUAAGGAGCGGCUGGAGGCCAGUCUGGCGGGUUUGUGUGAGCUGGAGCUGCUCAGACAGAGGCAGGAAUGCAGGGUGCUGAGCGCUCUCUGCCUCGGGGACGCGCCUGUCUCUGGGCGUCCGCCUUGGGGAGCUCUACGGUCGGCACGUUGCGUCCUGGACGCACCAAACAGCAACGCGUCGGAUGAAUAUGGCCUGAGGCUUCACACUAGCGGUGUCCAGGGUACUCCCUGGGGUAUAAAGUCGUCCUUAGAACAGAAGGUGGCGGAGCUGAGGGUGAAUACUGAGGUCAAAUCAGCAGAACCUCCCACUGAUCUGGAGGACACGCGACUCAGUUCAGGAGAGGUUCUUGCACCCAUGCAAAAUGGAUCUCCUGAGUCAAAUUACCAUCCUGUGGUCCAGUGUUCCCUUCUGGCCCCUGAGGGAACAGGGGAGACAGAGGCAGAUGAAUCAUGGCUGUCAGAACCAACAAGACAGGUCACAGUUAGUAAUGCUUUUGGGGACAUGAGGGAUGUUGAUUUCAUACAGGAAGAUCAUCAACAAGCCCAGAAGGUAGAGAAUUAUAUAUUUGGAUUGAUCCAACGCCGAGCUUUACCCAUACGCCCCUCAAAGCCCCGCACCAACCUGGCACAUGAUGCCAGAGCUGUCAGUGUGGUGAGGCACAGUAGUUUAUGCCGCAAGGAGGAGCAACAUUCACCAAAGCAAGUGUCUGGUCAAGUGAUCGCAACUCCAUCCAAGUGUUCAGAGGAAGCUGCUCCACAGGCUUACCAUAACCUGGAUCAGGAUCACUAUCUAAGGCUAGAGUUUAAUGAAAAUUUCCCACCCUUGUACCACCACCACCUCCAGCAAAGUGUCCAGCAUCAACCAGGGUUUUAUCACAAGCCCAGGCAGGCCUCCAUGGUUAACACCUCCCGCUCAACCUCACCGGACUAUCCAUCUUGCAAUGUGCUUCAAGCCCAUCAAGACUCCAGCAACAGUGAGCCUGAUUCACCUCAACAUUUCCACAACUACCAUUCCUCUCCAGCUCUGCCAAAGCCUCACCAUUCACCUUCUCCUGAUGAGCAGCUGGUCAAUGCAGAGUAUAUUCCAGCCCAGCCCUGCCGAGCCUCCACCAGAGCUUAUGCCCAUCAUCACUCUAACCCCCACAAGGGCUCUGGGGUGCCCAAACCCAACCGAAGCAUGUUUUCUCCAGAGAGAAGCCAUCAUCAUGAAGAGCAACAGCCAGCAGCAUCUCAGAUCCAACCCUCCAGAUGCCGAGGAGGCCCAAAGAAGUGUCGUUUGAAUGAAGACAGAGGUGGUGCGAGCAGGAAGCCAGGGAAGAAAACAUGUAGGUCUCAGUCAGAGAACAGCCUGCAAAGGGUUCAAGAGCGCAAGUACAAUACAGUGGAGAGGGACGGUGGAGGAAGUGGAAGUGGUGGUAGAGGAGGCCGCAGUAGUCAAUCCAGGGGCAAGAAACAACAGCAAGGAAGUGGUAGUUGCCGGCGCUGGCAGUCUACUCUUGAGCUCAGCCAGGACGAAGCUGACCAGCUGCCCAUGCAGGGACCCCUGCAAGGCUCUUCAGUUUCAAACCAAAGGGACCAUUGUGUGAGGCGCACACGCAAAUCUCGUUCUACACAUGCAUCAUAUGCCUAUCCACACCGCAACCACCACCACUCCCACUCUCACCAUCAUCAGCACAUGGAGUACCAUUUAGAGAGGGAUCAAGUUCCACUGUGUAAGCCUAGUGAGGACUACCCUCACCCAGGUCAGGGUGAGUCUGAGUCCAGCAUGAGUGAGGCUGACUCUCCAGAUUCCAGCUCUUUGUCCAGUGACUCAGAUGAAAGUGGUGGUCUGGUUUGGCCCCAACAGCUACCCCCUCAGCUUUCCCUCCCUUCACCUCCUGCCCCACCUGGUGCAUCAUUGCAGCCCAAGGCUUUUGUCAAGAUAAAGGCCUCACAUGCCCUUAAGAAGAAGAUCCUGCGCUUCCGCACUGGUUCACUGAAAGUAAUGACCACUGUAUAGAGUGGAAUACUGGCCAAACUAAAGGAACAUGAUCUGCAGAGCUUCGGACUACAUAGAACGAUGGACCACAACUGGUGAAUAAAAAAUAAAAAGGUUAAUGGUAACUAUAAAAAUAAAUGUGUCCAUGGAAGUACUAUGAUCUUUGCUGAGUGAACUGAUUGGAUGAUUUUAGAACAGCCUUAACAAACAAUGAAGGAAAUGUCUAUCACCAUAUCAGCCUUUUUGUUUCAAAAAUUAGAUGUAAAAUAGUAUAUGAAGUGUUAUAGUUUACCAAAAGUGUUAUAUGAAUUAGUCUUGCUUAGUCAAAGGGUUAUCUAAUUUGUCCUCAUUGGCCCCUAAGUGUCAACACGUAUCCAUAUGCACAUACUCACUGAAAUAGUUCAUGCUGACAUUGUCUCUGAGGUCACAGUGAAUGGUUUUAUAUGAUUUCAAUUUUUGGCCAGGCACAGAUUAAUCAUCAAUAUGCCCGCUGUUGGCCCUCAUGCAAGACCAUUUUCAUAUUCUGAUCAUGAACAUGCAUCAUUUUUUUGUUUGUGUAUAUGAGUGUUCCAAGUCAGAUUCAUCAAACUUUUUCUUUCUCUGACCUGUCUUGAAUUCUGUUCACUGUUAUGGCAUGACUUCAAUGACAGGUCUGUACCACCCAUACAAAUUGUUCAUGCCUAAGAGAAAGUUUGAGGAAGUUCUCUAAAAUGCAGCUUAAGGCCGAGUCUCUUUGUACUAGUGGUUCUUGGUUCUUGCAUGAAGCCCAGUGUGAUCUGACUGAAAUCUUGAAUUGUUAACUGAACAGUCCUUUGUAUGUUUGUAUACACACUUGGCCGCACACUCAGUCACUACGAACAUUGUUAAUAGGUAAAUUAAUAUUUUAAUGCUUUGCAGAUCUGUAAAAAAAAAAAUAAUAAUAACAAUGCAUGUUUAAAAAAUAUGUUUUCUUUGUCAGGUUGCCAGCCUUCAUUUAAAGGAAGGAUGUUUUGUCUUCUAGUUUCUCUUUUAUUCACCUGUUCUCUAUAUUCUUGCUAUUCAUUCUUCAACAGACUGUUGCACAUGUGCACAUUGGAAACUUAUUGAUAGAAAUUCUAUUAGCCUUCAAAAGUAAGACCAGUCAGUGUCCUUAUAUUUGGACUUUGAAAUCCUCUAGUGUUGCUGACAUGAUGAAUAAUUUAUUAAAAAGGAGGUGAACCUAAGGCAAACAACGAAGAGGUAAAAAUUAGAGAUAGACCGUUUUUUUCAGGGCCGAUACAGAUACCGAUUAUUAGUAGCCAAGGAGGCCGAUAACCGAUAUUUGGAGCCGAUAUUCAUUUGCAGUAAAAGUGAAAAUAUUGGCGUCAAAAUUUUGACUAAUACUAAACUAACUCCAACACUUAACUUUGUUUAAAUGCCUUUAAGCAUAUGUUUAUUAAACAGCUUUUCAGAUUUGCAACAUUUUAAAGGUUUUUUUUUAUCUUAGACAAUAGACAGCUUUGUUUUAAAAUUCUAACAAAAAGUGCAGGGAGGAUUUUAAAUAAAUAAAUAAACAGCUUCCUGAAGUUUUAUAAAGUAAAUGAAACAAAGUUAAAUAAAUUUGCAUUUGCACAGAAAUGUGAGUCUCAAAUCAAUUAGUACAGAAAUGUGAGCACAGAAAUGUGAGUCUCAAAUCAAUUAGUAGUCCCAACUGAGCAGCACCAGAAUCUGGCGCAAAAAGCAGAGUUGUUCAGUGUGUGUGUGAGCACUGUGCAUGCACAGCUUUUACUGCUGAUUGGCUGUUACCCGUGCCGUGGCUCUGCGUGUAACCAAUCAGAUGGUGCUGUGGGUGGGACGAUGCUGGAGACAGAGUAGUGACUACAGACAGAGAGGGGCGCCUGCAUCAGAGUCAAAAUAACCCAGUUUUGAAUUCUCUCUUAUCGGCCGUUAGAUUAAAAAAAAUGUCCGAUGCCGAUAUGCGUGAAAAUGCCGAAUAUCGGCGCCGAUAAUCGGCCCGGCCGAAAAUGAAAUAAUGGUAAACAUACAGGUAAUAAAUAUAUUAUUGGUGAAAGUAAAUAUAAUGGUCAGACGUGGAAAUGUGACCACGGUAGUAAAAUUCGUAGUUAUGAAGGAGUGGAUUGUGAGUACAGUACAAAGUGCCUGUGAAUUUGAGGUUGGGAUAGUAACCUGGUGAGUACAUACAAUAUCUCACUUACAGAGCAACUUAGUGUUGAGUAGAAAGUUAAUUUCUACUGGUUAUUUAAUAGCUGACAGUGUUAUCAUUUAACAUGCACUAGCCAACUCACUAUUAGCUUGUUUUUGUAUGCAAUUUGUUUGACAGUGUAUGAAAUUAAAUUGUUGUAAAUUUAAUAAAAAAAAAAAAUACCCACGUCG